AUGCUUCUCACGGUCAAGCUGCUUCUGGGCCGGAAAUGCAGUGUGAAUGUAUCUGGGAAAGACAGCGUGGCCACGCUGAAGAAACUGGUGUCAAGGCACCUCCAGGUACCUGAAGAACAACAGCACUUGCUCUUCCGUGGCCAGCUCCUGGACAAUGACAAGUGCCUCUCCGACUAUUGCAUUGGGCCCAAUGCUUCCAUCAAUGUCAUCAUUCGGCCCCCAGAGAAGGUAGCCCUGGAGAAGGCCCACCAGACCCAGCCCAGCACCCUGUCUCAGCCACUGUGGCACCAGCUGGCCCAGAUCCUGGCCAAACACUUCCGACCACAGGACGCUGAGGCGGUGCUGUGGCUACUGAAGCAAGAACACAUGCAGCGUCUGCAGAGCAUGAGCCUGGACGCCCUGGAACAGCUGGUAUGUCAUUUCUUGACUGAGGAGCUGCCUGAGGAACUGAGCCUCGCUCGAAGCCCCGAGCCUCGCAUUGACGCGGGCCCGCGCGUGAGUCAAGCCUGCGUCACGGCGCCCCGCCGCCAGGGUGGCCUUUCGGAAAGCGAGGGAACAGCGCGCGCCGCGCUCCGCCCAGCUCCGUUCCGCUCCGCAGAGCCGGCGCGGUCAGAGCGCGGGGAGGGUGGCACUCGACCCUGUCGCUUGCAGCCUAACGCGCUCCCUCCGCCGCGGGACCUGGGCUCCCGGGCCGCUCCCCCGGGGCCAGAGCGCACGGCGGGCGUGAGCAGGGCCCGGACCCGCGGCACAGAAGGGAGUAAGGAGCAAACCGAGUCGCGUGCGCCGGCGCGCGGUUCCAGGGCUCCCCAAGCCCUGGCUGGGGCCCCUCGCCGCCGAACUCGGGCUGCCUCAAGGAGGGUCUGUGUGCCCUCGACCCGUCGGGUGAGCAGCUACGCGGUACGAGUGUUAGGGUUGAGUCCGCACGACGGCCCACGCGGGACAGGCGCCGUUGCUUGGCGACAGAGUUCGGGUCUCCGGCCCGCGCUCUUGCCGCGCAAAAAGGGUGCCCAGCUCCCGCACGCACGCCUAGUGUCUGGUCUCUGGAUUUCGCCGCUAAGAAGGGCUAGAUACUCCCGAGAUAGUGGGGCUGGGCUGCAGAGACAACGCCUGCGGAAGACGGGGUGGGGGCCUGGCCAGUCCCUCCGACUGGAGCUGCGCGCCCAGGGCGCAUUUCUUGCGGGAGACUGCCGCGCUGGUGGAGACCCCAGUCCCAGCCGCCUGCCUCAGGCCUAUGCAUGA